ACGUCACGUCCGACGUAAACAACAAUACGGAAGUGGAAAGAUAAGUCCCGAGGUGUAAAAUGCAACAGUCACGGUAGAUGCAAUAGAGCGAUUUUUUAUCCCUCGGUAUGUGCAAGCCAGGAUUAUAAUGCAAUAUUGUUGACUCUUCACGCCACAGUGAGUCCAUCUUAACGAUGGAGGGCUCUAAGUCGUCGAGCACAACCAUGCAGGUCAGCUUCGUGUGUCAGCGCUGCUGUCAGCCUCUAAAACUGGACACAUCCUUCAAUGUGCUGGACCGGGUUACAAUCCAGGAGCUGAUUGCUCCUUUGGUCACAGUGACCCCCAGCAAACAAGCUGACAGCACUGAGGGUCAGACAGCACCAGAGGAGACCUUUGUAGAAAACAAGCAAGAUGGAGUUUCAAGAAAAUACAUCCCUCCUGCCCGAAUGAUGUCAACAGAGAGCGCCAAUAGCUUUACGCUGAUCGGAGAAGCAUCUGAUGGUGGCACCAUGGAAAAUCUCAGUCGUAGGCUGAAGGUGACCAGCGACCUGUUUGACAUCAUGUCGGGCCAGACAGACGUUGACCACCCGCUGUGUGAGGAAUGUACUGACACCCUGCUGGACCACCUGGACACACAGCUCAACAUCACAGAGAACGAAUGCCAGAAUUACAAGCAGUGUCUGGAGCUGCUGUCACACCUGCAGGUGGAGGAAGAGGAGACCCUGCUGGCAGAGCUGCAGCAGCUAAAUGAGGAGGAGGAGGCACUGGUCCAGGAGCUGGAGUCUGUGGAGGAGCAGAGGGCCGCCGUGGCUCAGGACCUGGCAGAGAGCAGGAUCCAGUCUCAGCAGCUGGACACAGAAGAGCUACAGUACCAAAAGGAGUACAGCGAGUUUAAACGGCAACAGCUGGAGCUGGAUGAUGAGCUGAAGAGUGUCGACAAUCAGAUGCGUUACUGCCAGAUUCAGCUCGACCGCCUGAAAAAGACCAACGUCUUCAAUGCCACAUUUCACAUCUGGCACAGCGGACAGUUUGGAACCAUCAACAACUUCCGUCUGGGUCGACUCCCUAGCGUGCCUGUGGAGUGGAAUGAAAUCAACGCGGCCUGGGGGCAAACAGUGCUUCUGCUGCACGCUCUGGCUAACAAGAUGGGGCUGCGCUUUCAGAGAUACCGCCUUGUCCCGUAUGGAAACCACUCGUACUUAGAGUCUCUGACAGACAAGUCCAAGGAACUUCCUCUGUACUGCACAGGCGGCCUGAGGUUCUUCUGGGACAAUAAAUUCGACCACGCAAUGGUGGCUUUCCUCGACUGUGUGCAGCAGUUCAAAGAGGAGGUGGAGAAAGGAGACACUGGCUUCUGCCUUCCGUACAGGAUGGAUGUGGAGAAGGGUAAGAUCGAGGACACGGGAGGCAGCGGCGGCUCUUACUCCAUCAAAACUCAGUUCAACUCAGAGGAGCAGUGGACCAAAGCGCUUAAAUUCAUGCUCACCAACCUGAAGUGGGGACUGGCCUGGGUGACUUCGCAGUUCUACAACAAAUAAGCCUGCUGGAAAAUAACUCAUUCGCUCCUGGAUGUCAUUCAAAUCUUAUUUGGAUACUUUGCCAAAGUAGAAUAAAUUAUGUCUGCACUCUGCACUCGUUUCCCAAAACUUUUCAGUACAGAAGACUAGAUCCUCAGUCCAGACCGCGUGGGUUUCUACUUGUUACAAAGAGGGGGUUAUUGUAACUUUUGCUGUGAAGUGGAGAUUGAAAGAAUUGUGGAAGUUUAAAGGGCAGGAACAAAGCUUGUUGCAAUGUCACGAAAAGAAAGCAGCAUAAGAUAACAGACUUUGUUUCUUUUUAUCCUCUGCUUUUUCCACUAAUAUCUGAAAGUUGCAUAAAGAUAAAACUUACACUUCCUCUGUCUAGAAUGUAAUUUUAAAUAAGUCAUCACCAGAUUUAGGUCUGAUUUAUCCUUUAUUUCCUGUUGCACUGUUCAUCUUUCAAUCACUGUAACUCUCUCCACGGUCAGAGAGAAAGCCUCCUGUUUCUGUUUAUAAGCUCUGUGAUGUCUUCAAGGUAGGUUUUUAUAAAAACAGAUUAAGUUUAGUAUUUAACAGGAGUCUGUCAGUAUUUCAUUCAACUUGAUUGCAGUUAUCUCAUACAAACAUGCUUUGCAGGCUGUAAACAGAUACAUGGUAUGACUGUUCAGUCUGCAGCGUCACAGUUCUGUCAGAGAUGUGAUGGAUGCUCUCAUGUCAGGAUUUGAAUUAAUAAA